CACCGAGAGCUUGUUACAUACUAAACCGCAUUGUUGUGUUGUAUUGGUUACUUAAUGUUCUCUGUAUCUGAUCCAUGAUCUCUUCCCAUUCUACCUCCAUCGUCGACCAUGAAAAUUGAAUGGCCAGCAGAUUUCCAUCGCGAUGGGUCGCGCCGGACGCAUCCAAUACCAAAUACAAUGCAUGGUUGGCUUGCAAAAAUGCGGGGAACUCUCAUUGGCGACGAGAAACUCAGAAGUAAGGGUAUACGCGAGAUGAAGGCUGCCCGGAACUACAAACGUAUGCAGGCACGGUGCAAAAAGCAGCCGGGCGGAUUUUUUGCCAACCUUUUCGGACGGAAGCCGCCCCCUUCCCGUACUAGCUCUGGCACCCGGGGCCAGCCUCGCCUUCGUUACAGCGGUUCUACUCAUCGCCUAGUCGGACAUGCGCCGAAACGACGUCACACCACUGGCGUAGCUGGUACCCCCGGUAGAAAUAAAUCUCCCACAAAGACACCUGUGAACAGAGUCAGGAGGAAUACCCAAGGACGUGGCCAGGCCACAGGUGCACGUCGCGUUCAGCCGAAACGCAGAGUGACGCGGUGACCGUACCGCUGUGGAGAUCUCUUAGAAGUUGAAUAUGCUCUGUAUUGGAUUAUUUUAUUGUGUGUAUCAUCUGGUUUUUGUCUUUGUGGCGUACUCGCAUAACGCGGUGCACUAAUAUGAUAAUUUUCUUAUUGAUA